AUGAAACACCGGCUCCUUCCAAAAAAAAAAGGAGGAAAAAAGGAAUCGUGCUUCAAAACAUUCUCCCACAGCCAAGCACGAGAAGCUAUCUACAAACUCCAAGACGCAGCCAGACAGCUUGAAACAAACCUGGAAAAAAAUAAGACCCAAUUAGCACCAGCAAAAUCUCAGUUCAUGUUGUUUACUAAGAAGAGAAAGAUACCAAAUGGACUACCAAAUAUUAUCCUGGCGGGCGGAAUGGUACCUAAAACAGAAGAAGCAAAAUUCUUAGGAGUGAAACUGGACAGCAAACUGAAAUGGACAAACCACAUCCAAUACAUGGUAGCCAAGAUGAACAAACGGGUAAACUUCAUAAGAUCACUCUCAGGGCACUGGUGGGGAAGCCACCCAAUGACCCUCAUCAGAGCCUACCAAGCCCUAGUGAGAAGUGUCACGGACUACGCGGCCGGAGUCUACGACCCUACAACAAAAAAGAACUGGAACCACCUCGAGCUACCCCAACGACAAGGACUAAGAGUCUGUCUCGGAGCCAUGAAAAGCAGCCCAAUUGUGGCCAUCCAAGCAGAAGCAGCACAAAUGCCGCUCAAGAAUAGGCUAAACAUGCUCACAGACAGAGCUAUCCUGAAAUGGCAUAGCAUCACAAACCACCCUGUGAUUAACCUACUGAACUCAUGGGCUGGCGCCCACAGAACAAAAAGAAAACAACUGCUACUAAAAAGAUUUGAAAAAUUCCCAGUUGACCCAAAUCAAAUUGAAAAAAGCCCAGUGCCAAAAUGCUACUCAGUCCAGAUAGAAAAACUCACCUCCACCCCCGAAAUAAACAUUAAUUUUCCCCCAAUACCCUACGUCGCCAAAGAAAGUGAAGAUGAAAAGGAAAUAUUUAAAUACCUGAUUAAAACGACAUGGAAAAAUUACCACAUCCUCUCCACAGACGGAUCCAAGGGCAACCCUGAAGAAAAUGUAGGAGCUGCAAUGGUUGACUACUCCGGAAGGCCCAUCAAGGCAAAGAUGCUGAAGCUACAGCCAAACACGGAGAUUUAUGAAGCUGAGGCAAAAGCCCUCCAUUUAGCCCUCGUACACGCUGAAGAAAUUAAUCCUGGACAUGGAAAAGAAAUAUUAAUUUUAGUUGACAACAAAGGCUUACUAUUAAACUUAACAAACUUCAUCAGAGAACAAGAAUCUUCAACAAUAUCAGACAUCAGAGAAAAACUGGCAAACCUUGAAGAGAUUGGCACGAAAGUAAAACUAAACUGGGUCCCAAGCCACAAGAAAAUAAGCCCAAAUGAAUUAGCAGACUACUUUGCAAAGCUAGCAAGAAAAGCAGGGAAAGAAGAAAACGCCCCACAGCACUAUUCUACCUUCUCAAAUAAAAUAAAACAUCAAACAGAACAGGAAGUCCAACAGAACUGGGAGAAUCACCCAAAAGGAAGGAAAAACUACAGAAUUCAACCAACCUUCCCAAAAAGACCAUGGAUAGCUAAAGCACCGGAUCAAAAUAGAAACACCCUGGCAACAAUAAUUAGACUCAGAAUAGGACAUACCCAUUGCCCAGCCCACCUCCAUAGAAUCAAUGCAAUACCAUCCCCAGUGUGCUCCAGAUGCGGAGAAAUAGCCGACGACAACCAUCUGCUCAACAACUGCAAAUUCACCGACAAGUCAGCAUUUGAGGACAUACUGAAGGCAGAAGGCCUCGAAACCCAAUACCCUGAAAUCUUCAAAGUCCAAAAGCAGGAAGAAGUGAAAACUGUGGCAGAAGCAUUUAAACAGCUUCUGGCGGCAAAUAGCCACCUCAAGCUAUGAGAAAAUAACAAACGAAAUCAACACCCCGGGACCCACCUAUACAAGGCGGUGAAACCGGAAAGAAUAAAACUCUGGCCUACAUGCCCAAGGGGCAGGCCAAAAAAUUAUUAACGGAUGUCCCC